AUGGCUGCUCAAGAAACAAAAUCUAAUAUCACAGAUUCUAACAUCUCAUCAGAGGAGUGUGAAGAUGCUAUGAUUAAGGAGCUGCCAAAUGCUCUGUUUUGGGAUGUCAUGGAAAUCCGAAAAUGGCAGGAUUUUUGGUUCGAGCCUGGCCUAAUUAAAUGUGCAAUGAAAUUCAACUCCUCCUUCCAAGCUAAAGACGACGACGUUAUUUUAGCAUCAGCUCCCAAAACAGGUACUACUUGGCUCAAAGCUCUUUGCCUAUACAUCUUGCACCAGAACAUUAAUAUUCCUGAAAACGAAGAUCUCUUAACUAAGGACAAUCCUCAAUUUCAUGUUCAGACCAUAGAGUCCACUAUUUACUCUACAAAACCAACUCCUGAUUUGUAUGCUAUGCCAUCUCCAAGACUUUUUCACACACAUUUGCCUUUCAGUUUUCUUCCUGAUUCUGUCAAGAACUCCAAUGGCAAGAUUGUAUGCAUAGCCCGGAACCCAAAAGACACGUUGGUGUCUUUAUGGCAUUUUUUCAACUCCAUUUUCAGGCCAAAUCAAGAACCCUAUCCAUUGGAAAAGGCAGUUGAGGAAUUCUGCACAGGGGUUCACCAAUACGGACCGUAUUUCGAAAAUGUGUUGGGAUAUUGGAUGGAAAAUCAGAAGAGGCCUGAUAAAAUAUUGUUCUUGAAAUAUGAAGAGAUGUUAAGGGAUCCUAAAGAGCAGGUGAAGAAAUUGGCUCUGUUUCUUGGGAAGCCAUUUGAGAAGGAAGAAGAUGUGGAGAAAGUUGUGUGGAGGUGUAGUUUGGAGAGGUUGAGGAAUUUGGAAGUGAACAAAAAUGGUUCUGUAAUUUAUGGAGUACCAAACAGUAGCUAUUUUAGGAAAGGAAUGGUUGGAGAUUGGAAGAAUUACUUGACUCCUGAAAUGGAACAUCUGAUUAACAAAACUACACUCCUCAAGUUCCAAGGAUCUGGACUAGAGUUGGAGAAUUGA